AUGUCUAUCUCUGUCCCUCACCAGACUCCCCGGCCGCUGAACAUCAUCAAGCAGAACAACGGCGAGCAGAUCAUCCGCCGGCGCACGCGGAAGCGCCUCAACCCCGACCCUCUGCCCUCCGAACCCGUGGGCUCCAAGCAGCAGAGGGUCAACAGCGAGGAGCGCCUCAACGGCAGUCCCCUGGAGCGCCGGCCAGGAGAGGAUGGGCCAGGCUCGGACGGAGGGCCCGUCCCUCGCGCCGUCCCUCGCAGAGGGGAGCCCCCGAACGACCUGGGCAAGUACGAGGCCUACGGCUCCUCUGGGGCAAAGAGCCACCCCAGCCCCCGCUCCACCCAUGCCUUCCUAGUUAGCCAGACCCUGGAGAUCCACAAGCGAUUGCCUCCUUUGCACAUACACAACAAGAACCCUGCGGAGGGAGGGGCGGAGGGGAACGGGGUGGGCUCGACCGGGGUCCAUCACACGGGCUUGGAGGGGAAGGGCAGCUUGUCCUCCGAGAGGGGUAGCCCCAUCGAGAAGUACAUGCGUCCCUCCAAACAGGCCAGCUACUCGCCACCGGGCAGUCCCAUCGAGAAGUACCAGUACCCGUUCUUAAGCCUGCCCUUCAUCCACAACGACCUGCAGAGCGAGUCCGACUGGAUGCGCUUCUGGACUAAGUACAAGAUGUCUGUUCCGGGCAACCCACAGUACCUAGGUCACAUGCCUGGUCUGCCCAACCCUUGCCAAAGCUUUGUGCCUUACCACACCUUUAACUUACCCCCACACUACCCUCUCACGCCCUCCGCCGGCCCCGAAAGCGACAUCCCUCUUGACCUGGCCAUCAAACAUUCCAAACUGCCCCCCACCGCCAACGGCUCCACCGCCUCUGCCGUUACCGUCAAGGAGAGAAGUAGCAGCGCCGACAAACGGGCCUUGCCCACGGUCCCGGCGGAGAAGGAGGAAGAGAAGCAUAGAGAGCAGCAGGGGAGAAGAGAGGACAAAGUAGAAGAGGGGGCAUCCCCCCAGCCUCCUCCUCCGCUAGACAUUGCAGCCAAGCCGGAGAGGGUGGACCAGGGCACUCAGGAUGAGCUGACCAGUAAGGAGAGGGUGGACCAGGGCACUCAGGAUGAGCUGACCAGUAAGGAGAUGUUGGACCAGGGCACUCAGGAUGAGCUGACCAGUAAGGAGAGGGUGGACCAGGGCACUCAGGAUGAGCUGACCAGUAAGGAGAUGUUGGACCAGGGCACUCAGGAUGAGCUGACCAGUAAGGAGAGGGUGGACCAGGGCACUCAGGAUGAGCUGACCAGUAAGGAGAGGGUGGACCAGGGCACUCAGGAUGAGCUGACCAGUAAGGAGAUGUUGGACCAGGGCACUCAGGAUGAGCUGACCAGUAAGUGCGUCCACUGUGGCAUCCUCUUCCUGGAUGAGGUUAUGCACGCCCUGCACAUGAGCUGCCACGCUGACGCAGGGCCCUUCCAGUGCAGCAUCUGCCUGCACGCCUGCACAGACAAGUAUGACUUCACCACACACAUACAGAGAGGGCUUCACCUGCCAACCGCCGAAGCUGAGACUGAGGCCGAGGCUGAGGCCGAGACAGAGGCCGUUGCUCCAAAGGACUCUGUGUGA